AUGGAUGGAAGAGCACACGGAAUUCCUCCAUGGACUAGCACAUCGGAGGGGGCUGCUACCGUCAUCACUGGCAUGGUUAACCCGACUAUCGCAGAUUAUACUGGCUUCUAUCUUAGUCAAGGCGUAAUCGCAGACCAAGAGUUGCACACUCACAUCAAUGAUAAAGACAAUUGGACCCAGCCUUGGAACUUUGAGAGCUGA